AUGGAUGGAAAACGACGCAAGCCGCAGCUGGAUCUGCACUUUUCGGACGAGGAGGAGGAUGUAGAGGAGCGGAAGCUACCUAAGAAGCCGAAAGUCACCUUUAAGAAACUAUCCAAAGCAGAUGCGACUCGAUUGAAGGAAAGAGAAAGCAGGCAGGACCAGCAGGAGGACCCUGUUGGAGGGCCAGAGCUGCCAAACGAGCCCAUGAAAAAAAAUUUGCCACCUAAAGUACCAUCCCUAGCCAGUAUGGCCGCUCAGGAGCGCGAAAAGGCGGCCGAUUUGUCUCCAGCAGCUGAGAUGGAGGAAGGGUCUGAUGUUGAGAACGACCGAGAGUGGUACACUCAAGACGAGGCGGUUUCGCACCCUAUUGUGGAAUACGAGGAGUACGAUGAGAUGGAACACGAGGUAAGGCCUACUUUCAGGCGCAGAGCUACUGAUUCGUCGGCAGGCCGUUCUCGAUUCGACGAAGAAGGGGCCCCGGACAUUGAUCUCGUCGUUCAUCGUCUGACGCCUCCAUUUUUGGAUUCGGCAACUAUUAUGACCAAAAAAUUGGAAGUCAUCGAGACCGUUCGAGACAAAACGGGAGACCUGUAUAAGUACAGCAAACUGGGGUCUACGCUGGUGAACGAGCGGCGAGCCAACAAAGAUAGGAAAAAGGGUGCCAAAGAUGCUGCAAACGUGAACAACUCUCGCUUGGGAAAGAUUUUGGGCGGAAAGGAAAACGCCAGGGAAGACUCUGAGUCCAAAGAUGGUGGUAAAUCACUAGACGAGCACACAUACGGCCGUCAGGCAAUAAUGCAGCAGAGAAAAAGAUUACCAGCAUAUCAGGCCCGUUCCGAGCUGAUGAAGGUGAUUGCCGAGAACCAGGUUAUAGUGGUGAUUGGAGAAACCGGGUCUGGAAAAACGACACAGAUUCCGCAGUUUCUGUACGACGAAGGCUACUGUAAGUAUGGCGGACUCAUUGGCGUCACCCAGCCUCGACGAGUGGCUGCGCUUUCGGUGUCAAAAAGAGUGAGCGAGGAGAUGGGAGUCAGAUUAGGAAAGGAAGUUGGAUACUCGAUCCGGUUCGAGGACCGCACCUCUUCUCAAACACGCAUCAAAUUCAUGACAGACGGUAUUUUGCUUCGUGAAGCACUGAUGGACCCCGAACUCGACAAGUAUUCUUGCAUUGUGAUGGACGAAGCCCACGAAAGGUCACUAAACACAGAUAUAUUGCUUGGUCUGUUUAAGAGAAUACUCACUCGCCGCAGAGAUCUCAAAUUAAUCAUUACCUCGGCCACCAUGAAUGCUUUCAAGUUCUCCAAAUUUUUCGGUAACGCAGAGCAGUUCACCAUUCCAGGCAGAACGUACCCUGUUGACGUGAUGUUUUCGGCUAUUGCGGUACAGGACUACGUUGCCAGUGCCGUAAAACAGAUAAUCAGAGUUCACCUCCGCAGCGAGCCAGGUGACAUUUUAUGUUUCAUGACUGGUCAGGAAGACAUCGAGACCACUUGCGAGGAGCUCGAAAAAGAGCUGGAAGGCCUCAUAAAGUCCGAUGACACUAUCGAGCCGUUGGAGAUCCUGCCCAUAUACUCCACUCUACCAGCCGAUUUACAGGCUAAGAUCUUCAGAAAAUCAAAGUUCAGGAAAUGCGUGGUGGCAACCAACAUUGCCGAGACUUCGUUGACCGUUGACGGUAUACGGUUCGUUGUGGACACGGGGCUGAUGAAACUGAAGGUGUACAAUCCGAAGCUCGGCAUGGACACGCUGCAAAUCACGCCAAUAUCACUAGCCCAGGCGAACCAGAGGUCUGGAAGAGCCGGUAGAACGGGCCCGGGACUGUGCUACCGGCUCUACACUCAGUAUGCGGCCACAAACGAGAUGUUUGCUGAGCCGAUUCCCGAAAUACAGCGUACCAAUCUGAGCAAUACCAUCCUGCUUCUCAAAUAUUUGCAGGUGGAAGAUCUGUCAAAAUUCCCAUUCCUGGAUAGGCCUCCGAUUGAGACCAUUAACACUGCCCAGUACGAUCUUUGGUGUCUGGGAGCCUUAGACAACUUUGGAAGGCUGACUGCAUUAGGUAAGAAGAUGUCAAACUUUCCGAUCGAUCCCGCUCUCUCGCGACUCCUGAUUAUCUCGUCGUUCAAGCAAUUCCAGUGCUCCAAAGAGGUCAUUACCAUAGUGGCCAUGCUCUCGAUUCCGCCAAUAUUUGUGAGGCCAAUGCACGACGCAGAGUUGCAGAGACGUUCAGACUCCAUCCGAGAGAAGUUUCAGGUCGCCGAAAGCGACCAUUUGACGCUAGUGAAUAUUUUCAAUCUGUUCAAGUCAAAUGGUUGCAAAGAAAACUGGUGUACCAAAAACUUUCUGCAGUACAGGUCACUCCGACGCGCAGUCGAGAUUCAUUCGCAGCUGAGCCAGAUCAUGAAAUCACAGAAACUGGCCAUCGUCAGCAAUCCCGACUGGGAUGUGAUCAGAAAAUGUUUGUGUGCUUCGUUCUUUCACCAAGCAGCUCAGUUCAAGAAGCACGGAGAGUACGUCAAUUUGCGGACCGGACUGCAGAUGAAACUGCACCCAACAGCUUCGCUCUACGGUAUGGGCGAUUUGCCCAAAUACGUCAUUUACCAUGAGCUCUUACUAACCGGUCGCGAAUACAUGAACUACGUAACGGCAGUCGAUGGAGAGUGGUUGUGCGAAUUCGGCGAGAUUUUUUAUGCAGUUAAGGAGAAAGGCGUCACAUCCAGAGAAAAUCAGGCCCGCAAGGAGCGUGACUUCCAAUGGCUUAUCGAGGAGCAACGCAAACUCAUUUCGUGA